CUGGUUAAAGAAGUUUCUACUAGUUCUAAGCUGGCAAAUCAACAGCAUUCGUCUCAGUCUUGCGGCACAGUCAGGAGCUUCAAUAUUUCGACUUGUUUUAGCAUUCUCCACUGGAUUCAGAAGAACCUCCAUCAAAAAUGUCGCUGAUCUGGAAAGGCGUUACUGAUUUCCGUUCCCUACGUGUUGGCAAGCGUCGCGACUGUGCGUCCGAUCUAUGCAACGCUUUGCGCCAGCUGUCGGCUGAUAUCAAUGAAGAAGACCGCGAAGCUUUGGUUCGCCUCCUGACUCGCCAGGGAGAGGAAAAAGCGUCUGCUACUGUGAAAGCUGGAAAGAAGUGCUACGCAGAGGAGCGCCACAAGCUCUUCGGUACAUAUAGGACUCUACUCACAUCGUGACUUCUAUACAGAACUAGGCGCGGAAUGAGCAGCGUGAUAUUGUUGGAUCUUAAUAUUUGAAGAAUAGACAUCUCAUUAUACUACUCCACCUCCUUUUACACUAUCAACUCAUGCAAGUCCUUCCAUAACUUUCCUACACACCACUUUGACCAGGUUGGAGGGCUAUCGAGACCAAGGAUAUGAUCAAACUCAUUACCUUGGCUAUCAACAAGAAGGACUGGACUCGUGGUCGUGUGGGUCGUUGCAUUACGACCGACAAAAAAGGCCAGGAAUGUGCAGAGUCGAUUGGCAUCAACCUCAGCAAGGUAUUACCUUAAGCUUCGAAGUGGAACUUUAUGACUUGUUGCUCUAGAGUGCGACCAAAAACCAAGAUGCUCUCCUUGGCCCAUGGUAUUAUCCACAAGACCUACCUCUCAGCAUAGCAGCACUUGAGUCAACCUUUACAGCUACCGCCUGGCGAAAACGGUUCGCCAGACAGUGUAUCCAUGGUGCAAGAGCUUCAGGCGUUCAAUGCGAAAAGCAGUGGUGGACUGGAGCGCAAGCUGGAACAGAUGGAGCAGGAAUCGGAUACCUCGAAUACCAAUCUGCAGAAGACGAAGGCAGAGGUCGACGCGGAAGUAAUUGUUCUGGGGAAAUUCUACGAACCUGCGCCGCGUGCUCUGAUGAAUGAAGUCGAUGUCGAGUAUCUUGCGGCGAGCUCUCCUGUGGUUGAGGAAAACAAGACUACCACGAGGAUGAAGGUGCUUUCUCUUAUGAUGUUGUUAUGAUUUUUGUCUGCUUGUUUCAAGAAAGGUCCUAGUGCUGGUAUGAAUUGUUGCAGGUCGUCUUUGAAGUUGAGUCGCAGUUCUUUUCUCCUCCUUCUUCUCCUCUUCAUAUCCAAUAAACUUGAUACAGAAAAACGGAAAAGAGCCUGAAAUCUCGCGAAGCCGCACGGAACGCCGCCCCAAGGAUAAGCCCUUGGAGCCGAUCGUACUGGGAGACGCAGUGAAGAAGCUCUUCAAAGAAGAUCCUCCUGCUACUGGGACCAAACCUGCUGAGAACAAACCGGCUCCGAAGCCGCAGAAGGUGGGUCUGAAGCCGAAGAAGAGCCCAGAAGAACCCGCUGGAAAAGUCAUCGCGCGCGCCUAUGUCGAGACGGAGACGCGUGAUGCGGACGGUCAACCUGUACAAAAGCUGGUCACGGUCUUCUCCGAUGGAAGCGUGGAGAAGAAGCGUCUCAAUGCUCCGGAACCGAAAACGAACCCUGCUCCUGCAGCCAAAAAAGCUGGUCCCAAGAAGGAAGCAGCAGUCGACGUCCCCACGGAGGCGACGAAAGUCGAGGAGACCAAGGAGGAAACAGUGGAUGGAGAUGUGGAGAUGGAGCAAGCCGAGGAAAACGAAGACGCCUCUAUGCUGAUGGACUCUGCGGCGGAUGAGGAGCAAAAAGAGGAUGAAGAGGCAGAAUCCAAGGAAGAACCCGCUGACGAUGACGACGACUCUGCACCUGAAGAACCCGUCACGGCUGCCGCUCCGGCUGCUCCGAAGAUCGCUCCUGCAGAGGAUGCUAAAGCGGCGGAUGAGAGUGAUGAUGAUGAUGAUGAAAUGAAAGCGCUUCGCGAACAGGUUGAGAAAGCGAAUGCUUCUCAGAAGUAAAUAGAUCGUAGUCAAGUUUACAAGCAUAGAAAAAACAGCUGUCUUCACUUGUCAAAGCAAAAGCGUCAAAAUUUCUUUUUAGUCUUCUAGUCAGAUUCCUAUCCUACGAACGACAUGGCUUAAGUUGUUAGAUAGUUUGCUAUUGAAAUUAAUCGUGUGCGAAGCGUUUCCAUAAUCGGCUCGUCAUAAGAGAACCAAACUUAUCACGUUCAAAAAAUUUGUCAUGACUUUCCAGUAUGUUUUCAACAAAAAGCAUCAGCCAGCAAUCAUCAAAAGCCAGCUCGUGACUUAUAGCUGCAUCAUUCUCGACCAUCUUGUACAUAACAACUCAGUUUCCAUACUUGUGUGCAGCAGCUUACAUUCUCGCCUGCGUUGCUGUUUCAAUCCGUGAAGGAUUUAUAUCGACGUCCACUGCUUGCCAGUUAAGCUCCACGAACUUCUCCAAUUUUUUGGCCGGAGGGUCUGAUGACUCUCGAGAGCUUCUGCGAAUAUUAUACAAUGAGAAAAGACUACAGCGACCUCCUGCCUCUCCCAUGAGUCGAGUUGGUUUAUAAAUGCUUCAUAAGAUGAUUCUUAUCGUGGAUGUGCUUGCACAAUUGAACUUUGCUGCCUUGGAGAAGAAGGAGGAGCUCGGAGCUGUGUCUUGCCUUAUCGUAUGAGCGAUCAAUGAGAGAUGUUGAGAGACCUUCCGCAUCGCUGAGUGAGAUCGACUUCCCUCCCCUUGUCCCAAAAGUUGCACCAUAAAGCGGCCCCUUAGAAAGUUUGAUCAUUCCCUUGAAAGUAUGCCUCUCAGAUUGGAAUCUUCGAAGGUUUUAAGUAGCAAAAA